GUUGUUUCGUAUCCUUGUUUCUUCUCACUGUUUCUUCUCAUUGUGCUAUUUUGAGUAGUUUGAACCACCGUACUUAGAGAUCGGCUUGGAUUGGCGACUUUAUGCAUACAUGAUUCAUUUUCUGGUUGAAGAUUCUGCUCGGAGAACUUAAACAAACUUUGGAACACUUCUUAUGUGAUCUGCCGUUUACCCCCCCAUUCAUCUUUCAUCUUCAAUCCUGCCAUAUCUAUCCAACAUAUUUUCACACAUUGCUCGGUUCAUCCUUCCUUUAUUCACCUCCCCAUUCAACGAAAACCCUACAACUGUCGUUAUUAUUACGUCAAAAUAAUAUCCUACUGCCAUAGUAGUAUGCCUUCAUUGAUUCAACACCGAAGGUCCAUGAAGCAUUGCUCCUGCCUCUGUUGUGAUCCUUUGGAUAGCCAGGAAGAAUUGCGCGAAGCCCGUCAGCCCUCUAUCGAUAAAUACACUUGCCCUCAAUGCAAGCAGCGCUUCGCACAAAAACCAUCUCUUGAAGCUCACCAACGGGAAAAUCUGCAUGCCUACUGCUACAAGUGUGAUAUCAUCUCUUCUACGAGAUUUCUGAAUGCAUUACAUAUGCAAUCGCAUUCUUCCGUUCGAGUGACAACACUUUCCUCAGCGACACCAUUCUGGUGCUGCGACUGCGAACGGAAUUUCAAAAGUGAAAGAGCACUCACAGCUCAUCUUCGUUAUAGCCAGGUACAUACACUGCAGAAGGGAGCCGAAAAAGAGAACUUACAAGAACAACAAGAUGAGGGCGAUCGCCAAGCGAAGUGCAAGAAAUGCCCAAAAACUUUCAAGGAUUGCGCUGCGUUGAAGCAGCAUCUGGUGUCGGUACAUCGUAAGCCGCUGGGCGACAUUAACUUCAUGGCAAAUGUGGAGCGCAAGAAGCAAUUUAGUUUCCCAUCGGCCCAGUUACAUCAUUUGGAGGCUGUAGAAUGUGUGUCUGGGAUGACAAAGACAAAAUUGAAUGCAGCUAUUGCAGUGAAUAAUUCUGAAGCAGUCAAAAUACAGGGGCCGCUGGAGCGCAAUACAUCUGAGACCUCGGCAUCGCAGAUUCGAAGUUCGAAACCCACUUCAACCUCAUUCGACUCAACUAUCACAAAACUCUACUCCAUGCUCGCCAUCUUCUGGCCUCAAGAUUCGCAUGGCUAUCAAACAUGCCCCCGCUGCCCCCGUUCCUCUACUCGCAGAUUUAAGCACGAUGCACUUCAGCAACAUCUUUCAUCAAGCGUCCACAAUUAGUCCUUGCCCUGAUCAGGACUCGAUGAGGCAUCAUCCCAUUGCCCGCGUGCUUGAAUGCACGAGGGAAGUAAGCAGUCAUUUUCACAAUUCUCUACUACGAGUGGGCCAGCGCAGCAUAUUGAGAGCGGUGCUUGUGAUGAAGCAAUGGUAACUUCAGGCAUGUGUGGUAAAAUAUGUGCAGAAGGAGAUGAUGAGGGAUACGGGAUUUGGCGAGCUAAAAUUGUUGAGAUAGACGUUUAUAUUUACAUAAAUUCACUAUUUUGUUAACA